UUAACAGAUAGGGUCCGGUGGACUAACCCAAUCGCGUCUAGCUCCCCAUAGUUUAAAUCUCCAAACUGUCGAUCACGGACACCACUUUUUUUCACUCUCCCCGGAGAUAUGCGGAUAUCACCAUCCCGCUAAAGAAAGAGGGAAAGCUUCAUUCAAUGAUCAAUGAUAUCACCGGUAGCCACUGAGACCAUCCUGACAUAAGUCUUCAGAGCCGGAUGCCGGGGACGCCGCGUAAGUCCCGAACGCCGAACCAUGAACGGCCUCCAUCUCGUCUAAAAAACAAACUUCGCAGUGCAAAGUCAAUUUAUCAUGUGCAUUGGCUAUGAACGGUGGAACAGGCCUUCCAACAAGUAUUAACAGAAUGUCGUGAUGCAAAGGAUGGCGAUAGACUUCUGCGCCUCUUGGAUGUGGGAACUUGGGUUUGGUAUCCACCUCCAAAAUAGGCACUUCAUCAUACGGUUACAUCGACAGCUCAAAAUUCUAGAUCGCCAUCCGUUGUAUGAAGCUAUAAGAGUGGCCUAUUGUGUUUUGUUCACAUCUCCUCUGCCCUGAAAAUUUAAUCAAAUUGUGCUUUCCGCCAGACUUCAAGAGCUCGCACGCCCACUGUAUUUCCACUGCCACAAAACUUCAACAAGAAAGCUCGAUCGGAAUACUAAUAGCAUAGUCAUGCGCAUUCUCUCUGCUUUAAGCAGCCUCCUCCUGGCCGGAGCUGCCUUGGCUCAGAGCUCUGACUGCAAGCCCAAGUCCUCCGAUGCCCAGACUGUCCAGUUCGCCUAUGCCCUCCAGUAUCUGUCCGAGAGGUUCUGGUCAUCUCAACCUCUCAACCAGACGUUCCUGAAGGAUGCUACCAACGCUUCCCGCGCCAACUACGAAGCCAAUUUCAAGGGCAUCACAAGAGAAAAUCGUCUAGGCAUUCGUGCCGUGCAGCAGGUUGGCAAUGACGUCUCCGGGUUCAGCGCUCCCAAGUGCAACUUCACUUUCCCGUCAUCCAAGGACGCCGACAGCUUUAUCAAGAACGCUCUGAAGAUCGAGCAGACUGUUGCCGGGGGCCUCAUCGGCCUGUCCGCCUACACCCAGGCUCCUGAGGUGUCCUUCCUUCUGGCUCGUCUGGCUGCUCAGCACAGCUCCCAAGCCGCCUACAUCGGCUCCGAGACGAACUCCACCUACUUCCCUUCGAACAGCACCUCUUUGUUCCCCGCCUACACCCCCGACGAGAUCCUCAAGUCUGGAAACCAGACUGGACAGCUGGGUACCUACUUCAAGAACUGCGUGUCCGCACCCUCCGGCCCCUGCGGCCAGAAGGUCAACAUCGGACCCCUAGUCGCCACUCUGAACUCCACCGGAGCCGGAGGUGGCGGUGGUGGAGCUUCCAGCUCCGCAUCUCCCUCUAGCUCGGGUGCCUCAUCUACUGCCUCCUCGACCAGUACCUCGUCCUCAAGGAAGAGAAAGUACUACUAAGCGUUCGGGCUCGAAUCAAGCACAUCAUCAAGCCAAGAAGAGCCGAACCUUCCGGUAACGAUGCGCUCCGCAGUUUGAAGGUCAUCUAGACUCGGUAAAAAAAGAUUGAAUGAAACACACGGCAACGAUUCAUGUAUCAACCAUGUUUUGUAAUCAUCUAGUGUAUCCCCCGAUGCGGGCUAAUGUAAUGCGACAAAGUUUGGAAGGGUUUUGUGCUAUAAGUGAUUUACAUAAUUACCUACAGCUUUUCUGAUUUGUAAGUCAAAUGAAGAUGAAAAAAUAAUAGUCUACCA